AUGCUACUCAGAAGACUCUAAACUUAACUUUGUAAAACACAAAAUUUACUCAAUAAGCAGCAGUAAUUAGCCAAUGCUUCUAAUUUUUAUAGAUUUAGCUUGAGAUCCAUCAUCCAAUCAUCACAAGCAAAUUUUUCGUCUGCAGUAGUAGCAUAAGACGUGAAACAAGAGCCUAGAUUCCUCGAAUAAGUUGAAUUGUUUUUCAAUCGAGCUGCAUCUAAGACUGGUGUGCCUGAAGAUUAUCUCGAGCAAAUCAAGGCUUGUGACACUGUAGUUAGGUUUACUAUUCCCUUAGUUAGAGACAAUGGCACAGUUGAGAACAUCACAUGCUAUAGAGCUCAGCACAAGCACCAUCACUUGCCUGUCAAGGGAGGUACAAGAUAUUCGGAGCACAUGGAUUUGCAGGAGUCAAUGGCCCUUGCAUCUUUAAUGACCUUCAAACUCAUUAUUGCAGGAAUCCCCUUCGGUGGAGCAAAGGGAGGAGUGAAGAUUAAUCCAUCAAAAUACUCUAUGCCCGAACUUGAGAGAAUCACGAGAAGAUACACAAUGGAAUUAGCCAAAAAAGGAUUCAUUGGACCAGCCAUUGAUUGUCUAGGCCCUGACAUGGGUACAAACGAACAGAUAAUGACCUGGAUUAAAGAUCAAUAUGUAUCAAUGUAUGGUGAGAACAACAUCAAUGCUGAGGGUUGCUGCACUGGAAAGUUUGUUAACCAAGGAGGUAUUUAAGGUAGAGCCGAAUCUACUGGUCUUGGAGUUUACUACGGGACUCAAGAGCUUUUGCACACAGAAUCCUUCCUAGAGAAGGCUAAUCUAACCGAAGGUAUUAAGGGAAAGACAUUUACUGUAUAAGGAUUCGGAAGUGUAGGCUAUUGGGCCUCAAAGUUCUUCUAAUAAGAUGGUGGAAAGAUCACAAGCAUCGUAGAGUAUAAUUCUGCCAUCUAUAAUCCCAAAGGAUUUGACGUGGAUGAUGUCAAAGAGUAUUUCAGAAGAAAUGGAUCUCUCUACAACUAUCCUAAAGCGACUGAACAAACUAUGGUUGAUCCCCUAUCAUUCCUUGAAAAGCCAUGUGAUAUUCUACUCCCAGCAGCCAUUGAAAAAUCAAUCAAUAUGUUCAAUGCUGAUAACCUAAAAUGUAAAGUUGUAGUUGAGGGCGCUAACGGACCCACUACUUUUUAUGGUGAAGAGAUUUUGCUCAAGAAGGGAAUUGUAGUAGUUCCUGAUAUGUUGAUCAAUGGAGGUGGUGUUACUGUCUCUUACUUUGAGUGGCUUAAGAAUCUUGAGCAUGUUGCUCCAGGAAGACUCACAAAGAAGUAUAAGCUUAAAAAGAAUAUUGAAAUCUUAAGUUAAAUGGGAUAUGUUUUCCCAGAAACCAGUCCUCACAUGAAUGAAAUGGAUGGAGCAAAUGAGAUUGAGAUUGUUUACUCAGGGCUUGAAGAAAUAAUGACUGAAGCUGUUAGAGAACACUGGAAGUUCGCUGUAGAAAAUAACCUUAACUUCAGAGAUGCCUGCUUCGUUAAAUCAAUCAGGAAACUUCAUAAGCAUCUUGAAGAGACUGGACUACUUAUCUGA